CAGCCGCAGAAUACUCAACAAGAUUAUUAUCAAUUAAAAUCAACGUUAAAUUGUAAAUUAUCCAACUUCAGCACAAAGAUGUCGACACGUCGCCAAGCCAUCACAUUAUAUCGAAAUCUGUUACGUGAAUCUGAGAAGCUGCCAUCAUAUAACUUCAGAAUGUAUGCGGCGCGCAAGAUACGAGACACUUUUCGUGCCAAUAAGGUGCUUAAAGAUUUCAAUGAAAUCGAUCGACAAAUGGCCAGCGCUAAAGAAAAUCUUGAGCUAAUACGGCGACAGGUAAUUAUCGGUCAUCUUUACACGACGGACAAGCUGGUUAUCGAGCAAAAAAAGACGCUGCGACCAUCUGAUGACUGAUGCAAGUCGCAGUUGCAUCUCUAACUCACACACUCAUACACAACAACAACACAUACACAUACCAAGGCUCAGCCAAUAGCGGCCUUAAACUAGAAAAAGUUCGUUAAAUUUGAAUAUCGCUUGUUAAACCACAAACCAAAAACAAAAGAAAAAAAA